CUUGUUUCAGACGGACGGUUUAAUGCUUGUACCGCUGGUCCCAUCUUGGGUUGUGAGAGGUGAGAGCUGAGCCAACCGUCCAUAUUAUAACUGCCUUGUCAGCACUCUCCAUGGUGAUGGACCCUCCUGGUGGGGGAGAUGAACGCCAGAGGCAGGCAGAGCGUCUUCGACGGGAGGAGGCAUACUAUCACUUCAUAAAUGAACUGAGUGAGGAAGAGUACCGUCUCAUGAGAGACAGCAACCUGCUGGGCACCCCAGGGGAGGUUACUGCAGAGGAGCUGCGACAGCGUCUGGAUGGAGCAAAAGAGCGUGUGUUGUCUCAGCCCGGCACUGAGCAACGCUCACAGACUGCUGACGCUGGAGAACAACAGAGCAGUAGCAGCGGGGGAGAGGAGAGAGGUGCUGGAGGAAGAGGAGGGGCAGGGAACACAGAACCUGGAGCAGAACCUUCUAAUGGCGAUUCAUUACUGGAGUGGCUCAACACUUUCAGACGUACUGGUAAUGCCACCCGGAGUGGACAGAGCGGCAACCAGACAUGGCGGGCUGUUAGCCGGACCAACCCCAACAGUGGGGAAUUUCGUUUUAGCUUAGAGAUCAACAUAAACCACGAUCAACCUGAGCCUGGAGAGCAUAAUGACGGUGUGAACACCGCAGAUACUGCAGAGCUGACUCCUUCAAACACAACAGCACCCUCUACACGCACUGCUUUCUCACUCUCCAGCUCUCGCCCUUCAGCUGCACCAAGGUCAGCCCCAUAUCCUUCCCCCCGUCCUGCCAUCAGUAGGAGGAUGGAGACUCGACGUACACGUAGCAGCACUACCACUCCUCCUGUUAGCCUCCAUGUGCCGCCACCUCCAGAGAUUUCUGGUCAAAGGAGGGUCAACACUUUGCACUCUUCCGCACCUUUGUCUGUUGUCCCCAGUUCUCUUGUUGAUCAAACCACACCUUCCCAGCGUCCGCUCCUGCAUGUAGAGGUGGAGCAAAGGCAGGAUGGAAUGUCUACUCCUCCAGACUGUCCUCAGGUGUCACUCCAAUCUGAAUCACAGGCCCCACCUGUGGAACACGAAUCACGCAGCAGUAGGACUCGAUCGCGUGGUCGUGCCCGUAGGGCUACAACAGGGAGUGGAGUUUCAUCUCGUGUGUCUAGAAGAAGUCGUUCUCCUUUGCACAGAACACCUGUUCCAAGUACUGCACCAUCCUCCAGCAGCGUCCCAAUUGGUUUUGCUGUCCACACUCAGCCAGCCAGUGUAACAACCUCGGUGUCGAUGGAGACUGGGGAGACCGUGUCAGAACCUGCUGCUCUAACCGAGACGGCUGUGGAGACUGUGGAGCUUGAGAGGGAUUCACAUGUCACAGGAGCUGGAGGUUCAGCAGUGAGACGCCACCCCACCAUCAUGCUGGACCUGCAGGUGAGAAGGAUUCGACCUGGCGAGAACCGAGAUCGGGACAGCAUCGCUAGCAGAACGCGUUCUCGCGCUCGUGUUGCCGAGAAUACCGUCACGUUUGAAAGCGACAGUGGAGGGUUUAGGCGCACCAUCUCUCGAUCUGAGCGAGCUGGGAUUCGCACUUAUGUGAGCACUAUUCGGAUUCCGCUGAGGCGCAUCAGUGAGACGGGCCUUGGAGAACCGAACUCUACUGCCCUACGCUCGAUCCUGCGCCAGAUCAUGACUGGGUUUGGAGAGCUUAGUUCUCUUAUGGAAACGGAGGCUAAUUCUGAAUCUGUUCCACCUAGCCACGCUGAUGUUGGCAGUACAAAUAGCAAUUCCAACCCAACCGGUCGUCUACAUUCAAAUGAGAAUGUGUCUGGCCAGGAUGGUACCGGGGAGGUAGUUCAGGAGAGGGAAGGACUGGCGGGAAAUGAGGAUGAGCAAAGUGGGCAAGCCAGACUUGGGGGUGGAGUAGUAAGUAGCACUGAUGGACGGGUUAACAGUAGAGACACCAACAACCUGGUAGAAAAUGGCACCCUACCCAUUCUGCGGCUGGCGCACUUCUUUUUGCUCAACGACGAAGACGACGACGAACAUCCGAGGGGCCUGACCAAAGAGCAGAUUGACAAUCUGUCGACGCGUACGUAUGGUCAGGCCAGCCUGGAAGGUGAGAUGGGUCGUGCGUGCAGCGUGUGCAUCAACGAAUAUGCUCAAGGGAACAAGCUGCGCCGCCUGCCCUGCUCCCACGAGUUCCACAUCCAUUGCAUCGACCGCUGGCUCUCCGAAAACAACACCUGCCCCAUCUGCAGGCAGCCUAUACUCGCCACGCUUCACGACUGAAUUCUUUUCAUUAAAUACCUUAUCAUGCUCAUGGCUGGCUGAACUGAGUUAAUCCAGGUGGGUUUGGCGUGUACAUAUCGCUUUUAUGGUCUAAUUUCAUUGUUUUUGAAAGAGGUUGAACCAAAAGUGUGAAAGAAAGAAACUAUAAGUGCAGAAAUUUAACAAAACUAUUUUUUUAGAUGCUUCGUUCUCAGUAAGUCAGUUUAUUUUCUUCUUUGGCCUUAGUUGCUACCUUUUACACGAAGCUGCAGAGGUAUGCAUUUCAGCUGGGCAUUAAGAAGCCACUGCUGAAUGUUUUUUCUUUCCCCACAGCUGGAUUACAGAAAUCUCUAGGUUUUAUUAGUGUGAGCUGUAAAUAACCACCGCUUGUUAAAAUUUCUGAAGUAGGAUGUGACUCACAUGUCAUCUGUGCAGAACGGAAGAAGGAAUUUGUUUUUCUUUUCCAAUUCACUAUUUUAAAGCAUCAAAUCCAUUUAAAAUGUGUCUUUAUAGUUCAUUAAGAAAUAUAUGAGCUUGGCAUUUUAUUUUGUACGUUUAAUAGUGUUUCUUGCAAUAGAGAAAUCCACUAUAACCUGCCACUUUGAAAUUAGUCACAAAAUUUGAAAGGCCUCUUCGGUUCCAAUGAAAUGCCGUAGACGUGAUAAUCAGGGAUUCAGGCUUGUUUGUUAUGAGUUGUGCAAUGUCAAGAGGAGAAAGUACCGCCUUGCUAUUCAUCGAAUGUUUACAUUGUAAUGCCUGAUGGGCUUUUCCAGUUCAAAACAUAGUCUGAAAUCGAUGUCUUCUCUGUUCCCGUUGCUAAGUCAGAUCCUAAUGUGUCUGGUGAGUAAAAACCUGGGAGAUGUACCGAAGGGGAUUAGGGCCACUGGAGAGAAAAAUAAAUUUGACUUUAGUCUCAGAUUUCUGACUUUUUUUCUCAAAAGUCAAAAAGUCAGCCGUUCGUGGAUGAAGUUGGCAUUCAGAGGAAAAAUGAGGAAUUUUGAAGCAAACGCCUUUUUUUUCUAUUUCAGUGCCCUAAUCCUCUUCCGUAGAGAUGACAUUGAAAGUUGGACAAAUUUCUUCAUACGUCUCUAGCUAAUUGAAAUAUGUCACAGAUGUGUAGCAGUUGUGCGACACAUUUGUUAAUAGCAUCUGACACUUAAUAUAUUUUUCAUCUUUAUUUCCUCAAUUCAGUUUUAUUUUUCUACGUUAGAUGCACAAAUAUUUCAUUUCUAGUUUGUGAGCGAUGGAUUGUGGACUAAACUACCAUAAGUUGUUUCUCCCACCGGUCACUUUAUUCACAAACCGUAACGGUGCACACACACACACGCCAGUCACAACACCACGACAGCUUGUGUCGCUAACAAAACUGCAGGAUUAAUGUGGUCUAGUAUGUAGGAAUGUGCGAGAGUAUUUUAAGUGUGUUUGGUUUAAGUAUGAGUGUCUGUUUGAACGGAUGGCCUGGUGUCCAUUAAACCCGGUUCGACUAAUGUCCGCUUUGGAGGCUCUGUGGACAAACCGUUCAGAAGUAUUUAUUCUGUUUCCUAUUUUAAAGAUGGAGAUCUGCUUUUGAAAUGAAAAUGGUUUAUGUUGCAAUGUGAAGAGAGUAAAUGGUUAUGAUGAAAAUAAUACUAUGUAAUAAAUGAAAGAUAUCAGCUUU